ACCAGCUUUAGAGGGUUUGUCUGCAUGCCUAACAGUGGAGAGAGACUUAUGAAAAAAUUACAACAUGAAAAUGCAACGAAUGUUUCAGAAAGCUGUGAAAAUGGAACCUUUACAGAUGCACAUACUGUCUGUAGAGAUUUGCUGCCUUGUUCGGAGGAGACCCAAGAAGAAGGCAUAGAGCAAACAGAGUCUCUGUGGACUUCCUUUGCUGAUGGCAGAGUCAGACUGAGAAUAGAUAACUCAUGUCCACAGACUCCCAUAACAGUUCAUCAGAUGUUCAAGGAGAGCCUAGAAAAAUAUGGAUCCCUUAAUGCUUUGGCCAGCAAAAAGAAUGGAAGGUGGGAGAAGAUAACUUUUUCAGAGUAUUAUUGCCUCUCCAGGAAAGCAGCCAAGAGCUUCUUAAAGCUUGGUCUUGAACGAUUCCACAGUGUAGCAAUCCUUGGAUUUAAUUCUCCAGAAUGGUUCAUCUCAGCUGUUGGAGCUGUUUUUGCUGGAGGAAUUGUCACAGGAAUAUAUACAACCAAUUCUCCAGAGGCCUGCCACUACAUUGCUCAUGACAGCAAAACCAAUGUCAUGGUUGUGGAAAAUUGGAAACAAUUGGACAAGAUAAUGCAGAUCUGGAAUCGCUUACCACACUUGAAAGCUGUUGUGCUCUACAAGGACUCCAUUCCAGAGAGACACCCAAAUUUGUAUACGAUGGAAGAGUUUCUGGAGCUGGGAGAUGACAUAUCUGAUACUACUUUGGAUGAUAUUAUUAAUUCCCAAAAGCCAAAUCAGUGCUGUGUGCUAAUAUACACAUCCGGAACAACUGGAAAGCCAAAAGGAGCCAUGCUGAGUCAUGACAAUAUAACGUGGACAUCAGCACAUUGCAGCAAAGCAGGAGAUAUGCAACCUGCAGAGGUCCAGCAGGAGUCUAUAGUCAGUUAUCUCCCACUCAGCCACAUAGCUGCGCAGAUAUAUGACCUGUGGACUGGAAUCAAAUGGGGAGAGCAAGUUUACUUUGCUGAGCCAGAUGCACUGAAGGGCAGUUUGAUCAACACACUAAAAGAAGUGCAGCCAACAUCUCACAUGGGAGUUCCCCGAGUAUGGGAGAAAAUCAUGGAGAAAUUAAAGGAUGCUUCUGCUCAGUCAGGAUUUAUGAAGAAGAGAGUGCUGUCAUGGGCUAUGUCACUUAGCUUAGAGAGGAACCUCAACUGCUCAAGUAGCAGUGAUUUAAAGCAGUUCUGGACAAGGCUAGCAGACUACUUCGUGCUUGCAAAAAUACGCAAUGCACUGGGAUUUUCUUCCUGUCAGAAGCACUUUUCUGGUGCUGCUCCUCUCAAUACAGAAACACUUUAUUUCUUCUUGGGUCUGAACAUCACUCUGUAUGAGGCCUAUGGGAUGAGUGAGACCACAGGCCCACAUUGCCUAUCUGGGCCUUAUAUUUACAGGCAACACAGCUGUGGUAAACCAGCACCUGGCUGCAGAGUGAAACUGGUGGACAAAGAUACAGAAGGCAGUGGAGAAAUCUGUUUCUGGGGAAGGACUGUUUUCAUGGGUUAUUUAAAUAUGGAAGACAAAACAAAAGAAGCCUUUGAUGAGGAUGGGUGGCUGCAUUCUGGAGAUUUAGGAAAACUAGACAAGGAUGGAUUUCUCUAUGUCACUGGAAGAAUUAAAGAUUUGAUUAUUACAGCUGGAGGUGAAAACGUGCCACCAAUUCCAAUUGAAGAUGCUGUUAAAAAAGAACUCCCAAUUGUUAGUAAUGCUAUGGUGAUCGGCGAUAAAAAAAAGUUUUUGGCAAUGUUGCUCACCCUAAAGAGUGUGCUGGAUCCAGAUACAUCUGAUCCCACUGACAUCCUCACUGAGCAAGCCAGAGACUUCUGCCAGAAGACUGGUAGUAAAGCCACUAAAGUAUCAGAGAUUGUAGCUACAAGAGACCAGGCGAUAUACCAGGCCAUUCAGGAGGGAAUCAACAAAGUCAACAUGAAUGCUACUAAUAGGGUUCAUUGUAUUAAAAAAUGGAUAGUCCUGCCAAGAGAUUUUUCCAUUUCUGGGGGAGAACUAGGUCCAACAAUGAAGUUAAAACGGCUCACUGUGCUUGAGAAAUACAGAAAUGAAGUAGACUCCUUCUAUGAAGAAUAAGAAGACUUUCAUCCAAGCAUUAAGGAAGAUCUGUGAGCUAAAGCAUUUCCUAAUCAAAAGCAUUAAUGAAGAUUUAUGCUUGUUUUGGUUUUGUAGUCUAUUAAGCUGAACCACUAGAAAACUGCUGUGCCAAUUGAGUUGUUCCUGAUACUCACCUGAUCGUUUGUCCUCCUCUUACAUAAGUGUCUACACAGUGUGUCCAUUUUCUAAUACUGUUUUUAUUUAAUGACCUAAAUGAUUAAGAUGGAAAGCAUCCUCUUGUGUUGUAUAAAGUGGGUAUAACUGAUGAAUUCCUCCAGACUGAAGUACUGAUCUUGGACCAGCCAGGAUUGGAGCGAUGUGCUGAAUCAUGACAAACUCACUCAAGUUUGUUGAAGGGGGAGCAUUGACAAGAGUAAAUGCUGCUGCACUGUAUGCAAGCUCCCAAUGUAUUACCAGUAAUAUUAAUAAUUAAUAAAUUAUUACCUAGUUUCGUUUCUACUUUUACAUCCUACUGACCUUCAGAUUUUGUCUGUUUACUGCUCACACACUCACCCCGCUCUCUAACGGUGGUGUUCCGUAAUGCUGCCUCAUCUACAAUCAUUCUUCUAACCUUAAGGUGAGUUUACAUUUUGCUAACCACCAAUUCUUAAUUCCCACAUUGUUUUGUAGCUUUGUUUUCACAGUGAUCACUGCAAUCAGUUGUGGUUCAGCCUUCUGCACUGUGGACAGGAGGCGUCAUGUGUCACAGGAUGGCAAACUCUGUAAAACAAAUCAAACAUCCCAGGCCUGCUAAAACCCACAUCCGUAGGUUCAGAUCUGCAACCCAAUGGCUAGGGUUGAGCCAGGAUAAACUUUUGCCUAACUCUCUCAUAAUGUCAUCAUGCAUUGAUUUCUGAAUCUCAAUUAAUUCAUGCUGUAAUGAAUUAUGUAGUUUGUUAACUUGUUGCAUGCAGAUUGCUAGAAAACACUCCUUAUAAAUGCAUCUUAACUAGCUCCCAUGUUGUAUCCUUUGGUAACAUUAUUCAUAACCUGUGCCACCAUAUAGGCUGUUGGAACAGAAUGUACAAGGGCCAUAGAAGCUACCAUGGCUGUGGCCACAAUUCUAAUAGCCAAGAUAAAGGCUAUCAGCCAUCCAAUGAAUCACUUUUGUCAUUUUGCUGCAACUUGUCUCAACAACUUGUUUAAUUGAGACAGUCCAGAGUCACCCUCCCAAGGGCGAGUAAGAUUGACUGAUAGCCAUAAUUCAGAUCUAGGAUUUAAAGGAAAAAGUACUGUAAGAUUAUAGCCAAAUACAUUGGCUGUAGAUAGACAAGUAAAAUAGUGAGGAUCUGUAAUGGUGAUCUGAUAUCGGCCACUACUAUUGCUUAUUUGUGCCUCUUUUCCAGCCAGCAAAAUAUACAGAUGAGUUGUACAGAUGGUCUAAAAUACAGGUGCUGUUGUGGUUGCAGUGGUAGACAUGCACCCCCCCCUCCUGUGGACGUACACUUGGGGGGGCAUCCGCAUGCAAUGUUAGAUUGGCAACAUUCAAAUGACAUGACUGAUUCUCUGUGUCUCAGAGGAAGCCAAGCCCCUCCAGUCCACUGUGUGUCAUUAUUGGCUACCAGUAGAUCAGGAUCCCACCAGCCUCCUGGGGCAAAAAACUGAUUAUGUGUGGCCAAGAUAUGUGACCAGCUGCUUCCAGCAAAAAUAACAGACCUAUACUUAUCGCCGAUACGGUGGAAAUGAGGGCCAAAUAGGCAACCAUG